AUGUUUUUCUCACUUCGAGCGUCGCUUGCGACUGCUGUACUUGCCACCAGCAUCUAUUCUCAGGAAACCUUGCUUACGAUCCAGGUAAACGAUGCGAUCGAUGCCACCAAAUGGGCUGUUGCGAGCACCAAGGCAAACCAGCUGAUAGCCAAAUUGAAUUUGACUGAGAAGGCGUCUAUGGUGACCGGUACUGCCUAUGGACAAUGCAUAGGAAAUGCGUCAAUUGAACGUGUCGGAUUUAGUGGCCUUUGUUUGUCGGACGGCCCCCAGGGCUUGCACCUGGCUGACCUUGCAAGCGUCUUUCCAUCAGGCUUGACUGCGGCAGCAACUUGGGAUCGAGAUUUGAUCGCUCGACGGGGUGCCGCAAUGGGUGCCGAGUUCCGCGAAAAGGGUGCCAACGUGAUGCUAGGCCCUUCGACUGGUCCACUUGGCCGUAGUCCAUGGGGUGGUCGCAACUGGGAGGGAUUCUCCCCGGAUCCUUACCUCUCAGGAGUUGCCAUGCAAGAGACUAUCAGGAGUGCACAAGCGCUUGGUGUGCAAGCUUGUGCCAAACACUUUAUUGGCAAUGAACAAGAAACCCAUCGGACCAACGAGGAAAUCAACGGUGUUGAUGUUGCUGGCGUUUCUGCCAACAUUGAUGACCGCACUCUACAUGAACUCUAUCUCUGGCCCUUCGCGGAUGCAGUCAAAGCUGGUGUUGCAUCGUUCAUGUGCAGCUACAACCGAGUCAACAUGACAUAUUCCUGCGAAAAUGCUCCGCUUCUCAAGAAGAUUUUGAGAGACGAGCUAGGUUUCCAGGGCUAUAUGAUGUCAGAUUGGUUCGCAACACAUUCAGGUGCUCGUGCUAUCAAUGCCGGACUCGACUUGAACAUGCCAGGCUAUCUUAGCGAGACGGACUUCACUAAUUCAUAUUUUGGAUCAAAUGUGGUCGCUGGCGUUCAAAAUGGAACUAUCUCUGGGCGCCGAUUGAACCAGAUGAUCAGGCGAAUCCUUACGCCAUACUUUUAUUUCAAUCAAGAAACCGACUACCCCACAAUUGACCCAUCUUCAUACGCCGUGAGUGAAGCUACUUAUGGUCUGCUUUCUGCUGGAGCAUCUACUCCGGCAGGUCGCGAUGUCCGUGCGAAUCAUUCAGCAUUGAUUCGAGAAAUGGGGUCGGCUGGUACGGUUCUCCUCAAGAAUGUGAACAACACUCUUCCCCUCAAGUCACCCAAUGUCAUCGGAGUUUUCGGCAACGAUGCCCCUAAUGUCUCUGCUGGACUCCUCUAUCCCAACAACAAUCGCGGCUUCAAAAUCGGCACCCUCACCGUUGGCGGUGGUUCCGGCAGUGGUCGCAAUCCCUACAUUGUCUCUCCCCUCGAUGCCAUCAAGGCACGUGCGAAAGAUGACCGUUCCCGCGUGAUCUACCUCACAGAUAAUGACAUGAUUGCUAAAGGUAAUUUCAAUGGUAUUUACCCUUGGCCUGAUAUCUGUCUUGUUUUCCUUAAGACUUGGGUUCGCGAGGGAAUCGAUCGAACCACCCUCGAAGCCGACUGGAACUCCACUCAGGUUGUCAAUAAUGUUGCAUCAAUCUGUCCCGGAAAAACUGUUGUGGUUACCCAUACCGGCGGUGUCAACUCUAUGCCGUGGGCAGACAACGAAAAUGUAACUGCCAUUCUCGCCGCGCAUUAUCCUGGUCAAGAGUCUGGUGAUUCGAUCGUGGAUGUGCUGUGGGGUGAUGUCAACCCAUCUGGAAAGCUUCCCUACACUAUUGCCAAGGAAACCUCUGAUUAUAACACUCCUAUUCUCAAUCUGACUGACGCAAGCGCCACUGACUCCGAUGCAUGGCAAGUCAAUUUCACAGAGGGGUUGAUGAUUGACUACCGGCAUUUCGAUGCCCAGGAGAUCACACCGUUGUACGAAUUCGGUUAUGGUCUAAGUUACACUUCUUUCAAUCUCUCGAAGAAACUUUCCGUGCGGUAUCAUAAGCAUGCUAAGGGAGACGUGUCUGCGUUGUCCCUUUCUUCCAACAAAACGACACCCAUGGGCGGCAACUCCGAUCUUUGGAACGAAAUGAUUGAAGUUGCUACAAGCGUGGUUAACACUGGUGAUGUGUCUGGAGCAACUGUUGUUCAACUCUAUCUUUCUUAUCCAAUGGGCUCGAUGCCAUCGGGAACUCCAGUCAAGGUACUUCGCGGUUUCGAAAAGGUGACUCUACGCCCUGGAGCUCACCAGAACAUUCGCUUCUCCCUUCGACGUCGGGAUCUCAGUUUCUGGGAUACCCAAGCUCAGCAAUGGAGGAUUCCUCAAGGUCGCUUCCACAUCAGUGUUGGCUUUAGCUCCCGCGAUCUGCCUUCCUCCAUCUCUGCGCAGAUACUUUAG